AUGGCCGACUUGAUGAACUAUACCCGAAGCUCACUUUCAAAAGAGAGUUUACGCAGCAAUCUUCUUCGUCUUUUGAAGCUAAGCACUGGAAUCGACCUAUCAAGGAGAAAAGAAAUACUCUGGGCCAAAUUGAUCCCUAAUCUACAACACUUGAACAAUCAAACCUCGAAUAUCUCACACUUUAUCCAUGAGGUGGAUAACAAGAAAUUCAUCUUGUGGCCCUGGGAACUUUGUCUUCUACAGUUUGGAGACGAGAGUUCAAGCGAUACGGCCCUAGCUUCCCCCUCGUAUAACACCGAUCCUAUGGAUCUUUUGAAUCGCUUCAUGGAUUUUAAUAUUGCAACCAAAGAGAGACAUUUGCAUUCAAAAGGCGAAUCAUUCCUGCCUGAUGUACCGAUAUCUACUGCCCCACAAUUUUCUCAAAACUCGUCUGCUAAUGGAGUCAGCCCUAUUUCGACUGGUAAAAGUUCUGGAAAUGCUGCAUUCAUGGACGACACUUCUGUGAAACUUGAAACACCAGUCAUGUCGAUGACUGAUGACUUUUCCUACCAGGACUUUCAUCAGACUCCAUCCACAAACUCUGUUAAACCCGAGUUCUCGGACGUACCCAAAUGGAAUGAGGAAAGACUGGAGACUCAUGAAGCAGCCGCAAACGAUAAGUUUCACUCAGAGUUGCCAAAAGUAAAGAUUUUGAGUGACAACGAAAAAAUGGGUGAAGACGUUGCUGAUGAUGACGAUGAUGAUGAUCUUUUCGGUGAGAGCUCUGGGUCAGAGGUCAACGAUGACAAUGUUGCCAAAUCAAAUGCAAAGAGUGACCUUCCUGUGACCGAUGCUGAUAGUAAUCCAAUAGCACCUAAGCUUAGCGAUGAAGAAGUUUUGUCAGCUAAUCAUGUUGCAAAAGAAGGCGCUGAUUCGUCCUACAACCGUGUUGCAACGUCAGGAUUAGACUCCCCAUCAACAUUUGUGAAUAUACCUCGAGACCAGAUGAUAUCUGACAAGGAUAUCGGCUCCUACAAAGACCCUGGUGCCCCUUUACCGAUAAUUCCAACGCCUGUUGUCCCGGCUAGUGCAGUCUUCACACCUUCAAUAUCUGCAUCGGAAAAAACCUUUUUCAAAAGGGAAAAAAGACUUACGAAUGAUCGACCACCAGAAAAUGCUUCUGUCAAGGAUGGUACAGGAUACGUCUUUUCACCUAUCAGAUUCAAUCCUGUCAUCAAAAGUAGUAUUGAUACAAAAUACGGAAAAGGUGGAAAGUUUUACGUCGAACAUGAUGAAGCAUCCGAUCCUGAAUAUCGAAACCGGCGCUUUCGUGAAACCAGUGUCAGUCAUGGGUCUCCACUCCAAUUUUCUAAUGAACUAGCAGCCAGGCAAAAUGAUGUGAGUAAAACAUCUGAAAGGAAGGCUAUGAAGCAAUCUAACGAAGGUAACCCUGAAGCGGGCUCGAGUUUCACGAGCAAAGAACCCUCGGCUCUAAUCAAGGAUCAAGACAUUGAUUUUGAGGUUCAGGAAGCUGCACAGUCUGGGAUGCCUGACCAUGAAGUUGGACGCCGCGUCGAAAAUGAAUACCCCCAGGACAGGUCUGCCAGUAUUGAUUCUCAUCCUUACCGUCUUACACAUGAGAGAGAUGACGAUGACGAUCUUGAUGAAGAUGAUGAUGAAGCCAUGGAAGAUAGCAUGAAUGAAGAGGACGAAGAGGAAGACGAGGAAGAGAGUGAUGAGGAUGAGGAAUAUGGAAAUGAGGAUUUGGAUACGUCUCCUCUCAGGCUUAAUACUCUCAACCAAGACCCUACCAUUGUCGGUCAUAAUUCGUUAAAUGAUACAGCUCGUCCCUUCCCCUCAGCAAACUCCAAUAUUGACAUGGCACAACAAGACUUAUCUCCAUACCCAUCAGGGCACAGACAGUGGAGCAGCAAAGACGAGAUCCCUCCUGGGCCGGCUGGUCCGGUCCUCAUAAAUGAUCCGGUCGCGCAGUCAUUAUCACCAUUACCCAUUUAUCCAAAUGAUACCAAAGAGGAGCUUGCAAUUAUCAGUACUGACUCAAAAGACAUCGACACAUCAAUUCCUGCAACAAGCGCAGGAAGCCCGGUUACAAGCACCUCAAGCACUGUUGGGGAGUCCUCUAACUGUCUUCCGCUCAUUUUGAGGAGUAUUAAUGUUCUCACAAUUCCCCCGGUCUUCUUUUUGAUAAAAGAGCAAGAAAGCUGGGAUGCUGUUACCAUGCUGUCCGGAUUUGAUAUGGACAUUGUUGAAGACUAUGAAAGCCUCGAUGUUGAGAGGUACCACGCACUCACGGUCAAAGGUAAGGAUCUAGCAGAAUUUCUUAAAUGGAUAACUUCAAAUCUUAUUUUUGAUUUUGGAAACUUUGAAGCACGACAUACGACUCGCUCAAAGAUAUCCGAGGAAGAUCAUUUUUAUCACGACGGGCCAUGUGUUGAGACAGAACCAUCCGAGCUGAUGUUGAAGAUAUUCAAAAGUGUGUUUCCUCUUAGUCUUCGUGUGAGCCUUGACGAAUUGCGAUUUGGAUAUUCCGAGAGCAACAUUGAGUCAUCAAAGAAGAUCGAUGAGAAUACGGUCGAUAACCAUCUAGGGUUCUUGGGCCAGUUGAAUGAUAGCAACGAGAAUGAUCUGCCCGAUUUUAAAUCUAUUUUUUGGGAUAGCAUCUACCAUGAAAGCCCUGGAAAUGAAAGGAAUGCAGAGCUAUACACCAAGCAUUUAACUGAAGCUGAACAGAGAUGGAGUUCACGUAAGAAUGAAGAUCACGCUACCCUACCUACCUCUGACGCAAAGGUAAAGAUUUUGAAGCCAAAUUCGGAAAUUAUCAACAUUGAUUUCGUGGGUUUGAGAUUCUGGCGCUAUCUCGAUCUCAAGCCUAUCAACCACGAACGAACAUUUCAGGUUCUUCUUAUCUCUCCAACGACGACUGGAGCAUUCGAUAUUGAUGUUUUUGAACGGGGAAACCUUUCAUUUCUUAGCCUCUUGAAGAACAAUUACAAGAAUAAUCACUUUGGGGAUAUAAAGAAGCUAUCCUUGCUGGCUCCCGAAAAUAGAGCAGACCUUGAAGGUGUUUCGAACGGAACUAUCUUGAUGGAGCAAUCUGAAGCUGAAUGCGGUUACACAAAGUAUUAUCAUCGGUUGGGGAAAAGACUUCGUGCUUUAGCAGAGUUGAUCAAGUUGGAUCUUAUUAACAAGAACAACAGAUUCGAUUUUGACAGGCCUUUGCUUCUUUUGUUCAUCAACUUUGAUGACAGCAUAGGCUCGAUCUCACAGCUUUCAAAGAUAUGCAGAGACUUUCAGGCGUCUCUCAAUAUCCAUCAACUCUCACUUGUCGAAGUUUUAUCUCAUGUGAUUCCCUGGCAGAGCAUCCUCAAGCAAGCGAACAACCGAAGGAGACUUAAAUAUUUAUCGAGCGCUGAGCUUACUAAUUUAUCGAUGAUGCUCUACAACAAGUGUCCGAAUAGCAGAGUGAGAUGUUCGACCCAAACGACUAGAGGGACUGCAGGCCUUUUCACAAGGUUGCUCAAAGAGAGACCACAAAGCUUGAACUUCAAGGUUUCCAAUCGCCGGCUCUACAAUGAUGAUGGUGCAACACUUGCUGAGGAUCUUUUCCUUCAUGUCGCUUAUGAGCGGUCCAUAGAUCGAAAAUGGGUAUCUGCUGCUUGGUCUGACCCCCAUGGCGUGGUGACUUACACAAAGUCAUGGUAUUGUGCAUCAAAACGAGGUGAUAAUACUAACGGACAAGAUAUCGGCCAAAUAAUCAGCGAAUUGUGGGAUACCUCUAGCUCCUUGCUCAAAUACCUUGGUGACGAAGAAUCUCGCAGCGCGUGUGGUACUAGUGGAAAAAGGUUCCUUGUUUUAACUCGUGUGAAUAGUAUUUUGCCCGAUGACGAGUUAGUAUUCUGGAAACGACUCACCUCGAAGUACAAGGAGAUUUCUCUCAUUGUGCUUUCGGCAAACCGAUUGCCCAAGAUCACAUUCGGAUUUCAGGGUAAACAUGCAACGAAUGCUCCCGUGGGUGAGCGAAGUCCCGCAAACCCUGAUCAAAUGGCUGUCAAUAAAAGUUACAACAUGUGUGGGCUUGGUGGCGCUGAUCUAAUUAAGGCAUUUCCGAUACCGUACACAAGUUCUCCGGGUACUAGUGAGAUCAACAAUAUUACCUCACCAAUCAAUUCAGGUACUUUACAUGUUCAUUCCCCGCAUCAGUUUGUGAAUGCACCCGGAAACUUCUUGAGUCCACAAGACAGCAGCGUGCAAAGUCAUAAUGGAGAAUCUAAUAUCAUUGAUGAGCACAAUCUUUAUCUUCGUGACAAGAAUCUUGAUGUGAUGGGCUUUGUUCCUCAAACUUCACUACCUUGCUCUAACUCUCCGACGAGGCUAGGAAUGAAAACAGGAUAUUUGAUCAAAGAAAUUGCAGACGAGGAAUCCACUAACUUCAUGACCUUCGAAGUCUCACUCUUGAGCUGCUCAUCCCAAUGGAAUCUCAAUACCAUCAUGAAAAUUUUGCUCAAUCAAUUCAAGAAACUUAUUCAUCUUAACUACAUCAUCGGAAUCUGCCCACUCACAAAUAAAGACGAAACUGGAAGUUCUGCUCAUAAAACGAAACUCCGCAGCAUGACCCCGUGGCACAUCAAUGCCAUUGGGAAAAGUUUGGACUACUUGGUUCAUGUUAACGUGAAUGAUGAUGUCUGA